AUGAACCAAGAUGAGGAAGAAAUGCUGUAUGCUCGAGCCUUCAUGGGAAGAAAUGUAUCAUCUGAUUUUUACAUACUUCCAGUACUAAAUAUAGCAGAAGGAGCUGUGUUAGAUGAAGCUUUGACAGCUUCAACAACGGCGCGGGCGCCAGCGCGCGUUGUGGUAUUAUGCUGGUCGUUGUGCGGCUCGAGCAGCUCCACAUCACACUGCUGGUUUCAUCUUCUGAGAGGAAUGAAUAAGAAUUUUUCUCAUCGAGCGAACAAGAAUGCUACAGCAACAACAACAACAAUAAACUGUACAGCACCAUCCACUACCCAACACGAACAAGAACAUGAUAAGGUUAAGAACGCUUUCCCCCCCGAAGCGCGUAUGAAGAAUUCUUUCCUCAGUGCUCCUACAGUUCGUCAUGACAGUAUAUGUGAUCACAAGAAG